AUGAGCGCAGCAGGCCACGUGCCGUGUCUGCAGCAGCAGCAACAACAAAAUUCACUGCAGCAGCAGCAACAACAACAGCAGCAGCUGCAGCAGCUCUUCACAGAGCAGCAGCACGAGCUGCUGCAAGACCUGCUGCAGCACUAUGUUAUUGUAGGCCCUCGUAUAAGCAGCAGUGCCUGCGCAAGAAGAGGGGAGCAGCAGCAGCAGCAGCAGCAGCAAUGGCGUGUCUCUUAUGGGGCCGUAGCAGUACCAACAUAUCUUCUUAGCGAUGAUGCAUGCAGCAGCAGCCACACGCUGCUGCUGCAGGUGUUUGCUGCAGCAGCUGACCAAGAGAAAGAGGGGCAGCAACAGCAGCAGCAGCAGCAGCAGGAAGAGGAGCAGCAGCAGCAGCAACGACAAUGGCGUCUGCUCCCUCUAGGGCAUGCAUCACAGCAUCCCCUGUUAGGUUGCUGCAGCUGCUUGCAGCAACUCCUUGCAGGGUCCAAGGCAGCAGCAGCAGCAGCAGCUGCUGCUGCAGCAUCAACAGCAGCAGCUGCUGCUCUGAGCCCCGAGACAAUUUCUGCGUCGCAGCUGGAUACAGCUGAGGGACACACGCAGUCCCCUAGCCAACCACCAGCAGCACCAGGGGCAGCAGCAGAUGCAGCAGGAGCAGCAGCACAAGAUGCAGCAGCAUAUAUAGCAGCAGCAGCUGCUGCUGCUGCAGCAGAAGCAGAUGCAGCAGGGGAAAAUACAGCAGCAGCAGGUGGAGCAACAGAAGGGGGGAAUAUAGAAGGUGGAGGUUGCAGCAACAACAGCAGCAGCAGCAACUGUCAACAGCAGCUGCAGCUGCUGCCGACCUCACCGCAGCAGCAACAGGACCAGCAGCAGCAGCAACCGCAGCAGCACCAACAGCAGCAACAGCAGCAGCAGCAGCAGCAGGUGAAGCAGCAGCAGCAACAGCAGCAGCAGCAGCAAGAGCAGCAAGACCAGCAAGAGACUGUAGAGUUUGUGCUGCACUCGUCCUUGCAUGGAUGGGUUAAGGCAGCAACAGAGAGAAAUUUCUCCUUCAAUUGUGCAGCAGCAGCAGCAGCAGCAGAAGCAGCAGCACUACAGCAUGCAGCUCUGCUGCUGCUGCGCAUGCAGCAGCAACAAAUAGGGUGGCAGCUGCAGCAGCAGCCUUUGCAUGCGGCGCCUGUGCUGCUGCGUCUGCGGUGCCUAGAGGCAUUCGAAGCAACAGCAGCAGCAACAGCAGCAGCAGCAGCAACAGCAGCAGCAGCAGCAACUAGAAGACAAUGUAUGAUUAUAACAUGGCGAGUUGGGCGUUGGCUAGCGCUCGACUUAAUUAUAGACAACCUUACAGCAGCAGCAGGAACUGCAGCAGCAGGUACAGCCUCAGCAGCAGCAGCAGCAGCAGCAGCAGCAAGUACAGCAGCAGCAGCAGCAGCAGCAGCAGAUGGUGAGUAUCAGGUACAGAUUGAAAUGGGGGGACAGCUAAGAGUUUGCCUAAGGAGGCCUAGUAAGGGGGGAAGGCCCCCGCUGCAGUGUUUGCUGCCAGCAGCAGCAGAUGCAGCAGCAGCAGGAGCUGCAACAGAUGCUUCUUCUGCUCCUGCUGCAGGUCUUCCUGUUGGUCUUGCUGCUGUACUGCAGCAGGCAGCAGCAGAUGAGACAGCUCCUCUUUCUGCACUACCCUGCAUAGGUUAUGGCUGCUCAAGUCUGCUGCGGUUGCGGCUGUUGCUGCAGCAGCAGCAGCAACAGCAGCAGAUUGCGCUGCGGCUGCUUAACAGCAAAGGGGCCCCCAUGGCCUUUGUUCUUCGGUGCGUAGAGCCGGAGUUCGCUGCUACAGAGAGGCCGCAGCAGCAGCAGCACGAAAUAGAGCAGCAGCAGCAGCAGGAAGAGCAGCGGCCAGAAGAGCGCCAGCUGGAGACGCGUAUUGUUUUGUAUGAGCUGCAGCAGCAGAUGCAGGAGCUGCCGUGGCAGCAGCACGGCGAGCAGCAGCAGCAGCUGCAGCACUUAGGGGUGGGAGGAAAGCAUUUGUGUGUUGCAGCGCAUGCAGGCAAGAUGUGCAGUGGCGUAGGUGCAGCAGCAGCAGCAGAGACAGCAGCAAUGAUGGCUUCUCCUGCUGCUACAGAGGAAGGCAGCACCUUUUGGCCAGCAGCAGCAGCAGCAGCAGAUGCGCAGCAGCCGACUUUAGAUCUUGAGGAUGGGACGGAUCCUGUAGUAGCAGCAGCACUAGCAACCGCAGCAGCAGCAGCAGCAGAUGCUGCAGCAGCAGCAGCACGGACAGCAGCAGGUGCAGCGGCGAAUCGGGCGGCCGUUGCCGAUACAGCAGCGGAGAGUGCAGUAGCAACAGCAGAAGCAGCAGCAGCACAAGCUGCAGCAGCAGCAGCAGCAGCAGAAGCAGCAGCAGCAGCAGCAGAGGAUGCAUCAGCAGCUGCUGCUCGUGCAAUAUCGGAUGCAGAUGAAGCAGCAGCAGCAGCAGCAGCAAUAGAAGCAGCAGCAUAUGCAGCAGCAGAGAAAGUAUUCUGUACAACUAAUGAAUGGCGGCUGCUGCUGCCGCUGCUGCUGCAGCAAUUCAAUGUUUUGCUGCUGUCCUGUGUCUCCAACUUCAACUAUGGAGGACAGAGGCUUGUCUCCUGCAGGCGUUACGCUUCUUCUGCGCAGCAAGGAGGAGAGGUGGAGGUAGCACUAGUAGAGAGUACACCUGGUUUGCUGCAGCUGCGUCUUGUUGCGCUGCUAAACCUUAACGGGCAGCAGCAGACUGGCACAGCAGCAGCAGCAGCAGCAGCAGCAGCAGAUUUGAGUUGCUACUGCCAUUGGGGUUUGCUGCUAGAUGAAAGAAAGCCACAGGAGCUUGCUGCUGCUGCUGUUAACCAGUGCAGCAGAGCAGCAGCUGCUGCUAUCGCCAAUCUGUCGGACCCCCGUAUACAGCCUGUUGUUGCUGCUGCUGCUGCACCUGCAUCUGCAUCUACUGCUGCUGCUGCUGCUGGUGCGGCAGGUGCUGAAGGAGUAGUAGGGUUGGCUGCUGCAAUUGCUGCCCUAAGCCAAGUACCUGGGGGAGCAGCAGCAGCAGGGCCUCCUGGGCAACAGCAGCACCCCGGUCAGCACGCUGGCAGCAGCAGCAACAGCAGCAGCAGCAGCAGCAACACAGAACAACGAUGGAGACAGCCACCAGUUAGCUACUGGCCAGAAGGAUCUGUCUCCUCAGACACCCAGAGUGUUGACUCUCCUAUGAAGAGAAUCUCCGUCAGCAGCAACGGUGUCUUGCUGCUUAAUGGAGACAGUAGCAGCAGCAGCAGCAGCAGCAGCAGCAGCAGGAUCUGCUGCAACAGGUCUAGGAGUGUAACACUGUAUGUUAUCGAUCUGAAGGUCCCGCGUAGAGUUGACGGCAAAUCCAGUAAUUAUCCUUAUAGAUGGCAUCAUUGCUUAUUAGGAGGAGAAGAAGGAGAAGCAGCUGCUGCUGCAGCUGCAGAAGCAACAGCGGGAGGUGAUGGAGGAGGAAAAGGAGAACAACAAGGGAUACCAGCAGGACAUGCAAGGAGACGACGAUCCUCCUCUAGACAUCAUACCGCUAUGUUGCUAAACAACGGAGGAAGAGAGCAGCAACAGCAACAGCAACAGCAACAGCAACCGCAACAGCAACCGCAACCGCAACAGCAGCAGCAGCAACGUCAGCAGCAAGAGCAACAGCAGCAACAGCAACAACAGCAAAAGCAACAACAACAGGAGCAGCAACAACAACAGCAACAACAGCAACAGCAACAGCAACAGCAGCAACAACAACAACAGCAGCAACAACAACAACAAAAGCAGCAACAGCAACUACAACAACAACAACAGCAACAACAGCAGCAGCAACAACAACUACAGCAACAUCAACGGCAGCGGCAGCAGCAGCAGAGCAGAACGACAGCACAUGGUAGGCGGCGGAGUUCGGGGGAGCAGCUACAGAGGCAUCUGCAGCAGCAGCUGCAGCAGCUGCUGCAGCAGCAGAGUGCAUUUUUGCAUUCAUUGUUUGCAUCAUCUCGUUUUCUUGCCUGUCCCCUCCCUCCAUCACCUGGAUGUCCCUGGGGUAUAUGUGCUGCUGCAGCAGCAGCAGCAAGAAAAGCAGCAGAAGCAGCAGCAGCAACAGCAGCAACAACACCAGCGACAGAAACAGCAUCAGUGCCAGCUACUCCUUCUGCUGCUUUUUCUGUUGCUGCUGCUGCUGCUGAUGGACCUGAGAGAAUAGUGAAUGUGUUGCUGUCCCUAUUAGAAGGAGACAGCAGCAGCAGCAGCAGCAGCAGCAGCAAGCAGCAAGAGGAGACAAAAGGUGUAAGCUUCUGGUCUUGGAUAUUUUCAUUUUUCGUCACCGAAUUAUGGGCAUUCCAAAAUGUUCAACAGGCAGCAUUUAUACUCCUUAUGAGGGCUCGUAAGCAGCAGCAGCAGCAGCAGCAGCAGCAGCAGCAGCGGCAGCAGCAGCAGCAACAGGAUGGAGUAGUAUGGCAAGGCCAACAACAACAGCAAUUUGCAGAACAGCAGCAGCAUCAUCAUCACCACCAUCAGCAACGGCUUGAGCCGCUGCAGCAACAGCAGCAGCAGCUGCUGCAGCAGCAGCAGGAGACGGAGCACGUUAAGAAGUUGCCUCCUGUCCUAAGCCUCAGCUGCUGCUGCCUCCCUCAUCCAAGACGUCGCUGCCACAGCGAAGGCUGGGAUGGUACCCGUUUGUGCAGCAGCAGCAGCAGCAGUAUUGCUGCUGCUUCUGCCUCCUCCCCUGCUGCUGUUGAUGUUGCUGCUGCUGCGGCAGCUGAAGGCAGCCCUUCAAGCUGGCCGCUGCAGAAGCGUGAGCACUCCACACCCUGCACAGAGACAGCAGCAGCAGACGAAGCCUCACCAGCAGCAGCAGCAGCGCCACAGCAGCAGCAGCAGCAGCAGCAGCAGCAAGCAUCUGUUGAGGCAGCAGGUCUCGUUGCACGUGCUAGUGAUGAUUAUACCACCGCAAGCGAGAAGGCAAUAGCAACAGCAGCAGCAGAAGCAGCAACGAUAGCUCUUGGCACAACAGCAGCAGCAGCUGCUGCUCCCGGUUCGUCCAUAUAUACAGCAGACACGGCACUAGCAGCAGAAGAAGCAGCAGGAGCUGCAGCAGGAGCUGCAGCAGGAGCUGCAGCAGCAGCAGCAGUAGGCAUUUCUUCUGGUUGCAGCCUACAGGAGGAUGUAACGGAGGAGUUGCAUGCAAUGGAGGAGGAGACCCUAAAAGCGUUUGCUUUCCCGCUGCUGCCAGCAACAGCAGCAGCAGCAGCAAACCGUUUGCUGCUGCUGCUGGGGAGACACUGGAAUGAAGGAAUGGAGGCAAGAAGUGUCAUUCGUUUUUGUGUUGGUCUCCUCGCCCCUCUUAUACUAGGAGCCAGACUCAUGCAGGCAUUAGAGGAGGCAUUGGCAUUUGCUGCUGCUGUUGCUGCUACUGAUCCCUUCUUUGCUGCUUGGCGUGCUGCACUAUCAAGAUCUCCAAGUGCUGUGCCCCCUUUAUUGGUAUCCUUGCAGCCUUCUGCUGCUGCUGCUGCUGCUGCACCUGCUCCUGCUGCUGCUACUCCUGCGAGCUGCUCAACUGCUGCAGCAGAAGCAGCAUUAGCUAUGGGGGCAGAUUCAGCUAUACUAAGAGGACUUGUUGCUUACUGCAACAGCGGAGGAGAUGCUGCUGCCUUCUGGGCUGCUGCAGGGGUGACGCAGCAAACAUACAUGCAGCUGCAGCAAACAGAAAGGCAGCUGCUACAGCAAGUGCAGCAGCAAAUACAGCAGGAAAUGCAACAGCAAACACAGCAGCAGGUAGAACUGCCACAGCCGCGCUUGUUUUUGCCCCUAGACGUCUUCCCCAGGGAUUUGUCACGGAGCUCAGGAGGAGCAGCAGCAACUGCAGCAGCAGCACCGGGAGGUGCAGUAACAGCAGCAGCAACAACAACAGCAGGUGCACCAGCAGGAAUAACAGCAAAUGCAUGCACACCCACGAAUAACACGGACUUUAGCGUGAACGCCUCCCUCCCGGAUAUGCAGCAGCAGUUGCAGGAACAGCAGCAGCAGCAACAACAACAGCAGCAGCAGCAACCGCAGCCGCAGCCGCAGCACGGUGUACCUACACCCCAUCAGCUAAAGGCAUUAGGUGUCUGCUUAUCGCAGCUGCUGCAGUUGCUGUCUCUUCUUGCUGCUGAGCAACGAUUGACCGUAGAGAGUUGUCUCCUUCGCUGCAAGCACGACCAGCUUGCUGCACCAGCAGCAGCAGCAGCAACCGCAGCUGCAACAACAACAACAGCAGCAGCAGCGGCAGGUCCUGCACAGACGGGCGACAGCAGCAACAGAAGCAGAAGCAACAGCAAUAGCAACGAGGUCCACCGCAGCAACUGUCUCCCCGAGGAAUUUGCUAAGGCUCUGCCUGUACCAGCUGUCCCCUUGGCGGUGGCACUUUACUGCCACAAGCUGCAUGCACAGCAGCAGCAGCAGCAGGCGCAGCAGCAGCAGCAGAAGCAAUACCAUCACCAGCAUGAACACUAUGGAGAACUGCUAGUGCAGCUGCAGGUCAUUGCAUCACAUCCUGCUGCUUCCCGCUGCCCCAUGGAGCAGCAGCAGCAGCAGCAGCGCCACCUAUGCGCCUGUUGCAGGGUUCGCUGCAGCUGCCUUGAGCUGCUGCAGCGGGUGGGCUCUGUGCGGGGGAUGCUAGCAGCAGCAAGAGAGAGCAGCAGCAGCAGAGAAGAGGCAGCAACGUGUGCAGAGUUGCUGCUGCUGGAGGUGUCUCUUGACUCUUUAUAUAAUCAACUAUGCAACAGAGUGCUGCAGCAAGAAGCAUUUGCUGCUCUGCUGCAGCAGCAAGUCCUCAGCAGCAGCUUCCCUGUUCCCUUCUCCCCCUUGCAGCAGCGGCAACUCAAGUUGCUGUUGCAGCAGGAGCAGCAAGAAGCACUAAGGAGGGAAGAGCAAAACCUGCAGCAGCAAAGUCAUCAGACUGCAGCAGCAGAACAGCAGCAAACAGCGACAGCAGAUGCGAAUCCUCAAAGCCCCCAGCAGCAGCACCAGCAGCAGCAGCAACAGCAGCAACAGCAGGGGGAAAGUGCGCGCACACCGUUGGAGUCUCCCGCCCGGAAUUCUCCUGAUGCUGCUGCUGCUGAUCCUGCUGCUGCUGCUGCUGCUGCGCCUCCUGCAAGCUCUGUUGGAUCUUCUCCGAAGCAGCAGCAGCAGCCGCAGCUGCAGCACCUGCAGCAUGCACGACAGUUUGCUGCGAUGCUGCAGCGGCUGCCAAUGCCUCUGUGUCCUCGUUUGCUGUUCCCCUUAGUUGGCGCUCUGCUGUUUACUCUCAAGUGUCACUAUCCUUGGUUUACGGAGGUAUCAAUAAUAGCAGCUGAUUGGGCAGCACUAGACGGAGAUGCAGUAGAGUGUCUGCGCAGCUGCAGCACUUGCUGCAGUCGUCAGUUACGUUUUUAUUCAGGAACAUCACCAACAUCACCAUCUAGAGCAGCACAAGCAGCAGCAGCAGCAGCAGCAGCAGCAGAAGGUACAGCAGCAUGGGCAGAAUAUGUACUGCUGCAGCAGCUGCUGCGGAGGGCUCUCUUAGAAAGAUUAGGAAGAGCAGUUGGCCGUCUAAUUGAUUUAAGUCAAGAACACUUCAAGGAUAAGAUACUUUUCUUCCUUCAGGCUGCUAGCGAGAACUCAGCUGUGGGGACUUGGGUAGCCUUAGGAGUUGUGCAGCAAUCUGUGCUGCACUCUGUUGUUGCGGCAUCACAUUUGUUGUCUUUUGCUGAUAGUGUUUCCCCUUCUUCCCCUCCUGCCCCCUUUUGGCUAUUCCCCACAGAAGCAACAGCAGCAGCAGGAUCUUUGUUGCUGCUGCCUUCCUUGAGUGCUGCUGCUGCGCUGCCACCGUCGCCGCAGCCGCUGCUGCUAGCAUCCAUUAGCAGCACAGGAGAUGAAGAGAUACCACCGUAUAUCAGGGCCGUGCUGCUCUGUCCAGCUGCUGCUGCCUUCCUUCCUGCUGCAGCGCAGCACGCGAAGCUGCAGCUGCUGCUUCUGUUGCGGGAGAUUCUCCGGCAGCAGAGUAUCGUGGAGGAGAAGCUGCAGCAGAAACCGAGCUCUCCUGAUGAUCCCGCAGCAGCAGCAGCAGCAGCAGAGGCGGAGGCAGCAGCAGCAGGGGGAUCGGUAAUGGAGGCCCCUCAUCCGUGCGCUACAUUUGCCGAGUUGGUGCUUGCUGCAGCAGCUGCUGCAGCAGCAACAGCAUACCGCGAGUUAGAGGCAGCAGGAGUUAAUUGUCCCCUUCGUUGCUGUGCUGCUGCUUCUUUUAUUAGUGGCAGCAGCAGCAGCUUAUUGAUCCGCUGCAGGAUACAGAGGUGUUUCUUUGUAGUAUGUAACGACCCUGCAUAUUUCUUGCUGCUGCUGCAGCAGCUGCAGCAGCAGCAACGGGAGCUGCAGGUGCGUUGUUGGUUAGGGCGUUUCUUUGAGGAGAAAAGCUCUGGUGUCUUGCCGCUGCAUCAACUGCUGCAGCAGCUGCCGCUGCAGCAGCAAUACUGCGUUCUUAAGGAGAGGCAGCAGUUUGUACUGCAGCAGCUGCGUCUUGCUGAGGCAUGGCGAACAUCUCCCUUGCUGCUGACACGAGACGCAGAGAUCUGCUGCAGCAGCAGCAGCUUCAGCAGCACCGGUGCUGCUGUUCGCAUGCGCAGCAGCUUUACACAACCUAGUAAGGCACAAGACUCAGCAAGCCACCUGCCGCUGCUGCUGACUGUCUCUUAUCCAUUUAUAUCUCCAUUGCAGCUGCCGAAGCUAGCUGAUGAGGAGCCUCGUGUUCCUGCUGCAGCACAAGAUGCAGAUGCAGCAGCAGCAGCAGAAGCAGCAGCAGAUCUACUCGCAGAGGCAGCAGCAGCAGCAGCAUUCAGACCGCAAGAUACAGGCGAUAUCCUGCUGCUGCAAGGGGAAGAACUGCAAGAAGAUGGUGUAUCGUCAGGUGCAGCAACAGGAGCAGGAGCAGGAGGGGGAGCAGCGGCAGCUGCAGUAGCUGCUGCUACUACUCCUCUCCGUCUAGGCAAGGCUGCAGGAAGAGAGUUAGACAGCAGCAGGAGCAGCAGCAACAGCAGCAGCGGCCCUGUCCUCCCUGGUCGUGGUCCAUACGGCAGCAAUCCAUUGACUCCAAUACGUAUAGGUUCUGGUCCAUCUCGUGCAACAUCUGCAGCAUCAGAAGCAGCAGCAUCUGCAGCAGCAGCAGCAGCAGCAGCAGCAGCAUGGAAACCUGUUGUCGUAGAGCAUAAAUUCUGUAUAUGCCUCUUCCAGACACAAGUAAGACAGCGGCCACUUUUUUUGUCUCUUUUUGGUGAGGGAGGAGACGAUCCCGGGAUCGAUCCCGACGAUGCAGCAGAUGAGAGUGAGGGGGAGUACCAGACGACUGCAGCAGCAGCAGCUGCAGCAGCAGCAGCAGCAGCACUUGAUGCACCUCCACCAGCAACUGCUAAAGCUAUUGCUACUGCAAGAAUGAUUAGCUGCCGGCUGCUGUCAAGACGCAGCCGCACAAAAAUGCUAAAAAGUAUGAGUGUGGGGUGUGGGGUGGCUGGGCAGCUGCAGCAGCUGCAGCAACUGCAGCAGCAGCAGGCACCGAUCCGUUGGUUUUUAAGUCCAUCAGCCUUUGAGCCACAUCAUGUUGGUGGCCGAUGUCUUGGUGUUGCUAUGCUGCAACAGACAGCACUUGGCAGCAGUCUUGCUGCUUCUGCUGCUGUCCCCUUUGCUGCAUUAGAGCACUGUCUCCUUUUCCCCCCUAAUGCACAUCUAAGAAAGGGACUGCAGCGGAUAUCUGCUGCUCUUGAUUUAGCUGUUGAGGUGGCGGAGUUGCGGCAGAAGAAUGCUGCUGCUGCUGCUGCUGCUGCAGCACGAGCCGCAGCAGCAGCAGCACGUGCUCUAGGAGAGAAACCGCCCGAUGGUGAAGCAGCAGCAGCUGCAGCAGCAGCAGCAGCAGGAGGGGAGGGGCCCCUCCUUAGAGGAUUCCUCCAAUUAGAAAGAUUACUACGUAGGGGUAGACAUCUAAUGAGUUUGCUGCAGGCACCUCCCGAGGUGCUGCACGACUUAGACUAUUUCUGUAAGGGAGGAGCAUACGAUCCUGCUGCUGCUGCUGCAGCAGCAGCAGCUGCUGCUGCUGCUGGUAAUGCUGCUGGUGGUGGUUGUGUUACUGGUACCAGUGGUGCUGGUUCUGGUUGUGCUGCUGCUGCUGCUGUUGCUGGUGGUGUUGCUGGUGUUCCUAGUGUUAAUGCAUCUCCCUCUGCUGCAGCAGUCUGCUGCUGCAACGACAGCAAUGCUGCGCUGCGCUUGCUGCUAAUAAGAGACACACAACGUUUAUGGUCAUCUAUUUUGUCUGUAUGGGCUACUCUCUUCUCCCCUCCUGUUGUACUCGCAUUACAAAGGGCAAGAGUUAAACACUCCACUGUUCGUGUUGCAGUGCUAAUCCAACUAGUGAAGAGCAGCAGCAACGCUGUCUCUUUUGUCUGUCGUUCUUCUGCUCCUUUGCCUUCUUGCGAGCCUUUUAUAAACAGCAGCAGCAGCAGCAACAGCAGCAGCAGCAGCAGCAGCAGCAGCAGAACCAGGAGCAGUGCAGUUGCUGGCUCCGUUGUACAGGGUUUAGGCCUGCUGCCUAGAGAGACAAUCCAAGGGGUUAGAGACACACCUGGUUUCCCUGGUCUUUUCUUCUUACGUUAUUGUAUGCCUGAGCAGCAAGAGUCUUACGGCUGCACAGACCCUGCUGCUGCAGCAGCAGCAGAGGAGCAACAGCAGGAGGACCAUAGACACGAUCAUGAUGAGCAGCAGACAUCACUCGAUUGUUGCUGCUGCUGCGGCUUGCCUCCUUCUGGCUGCAGCUGCGUAAAGACAGCAGAGGGGACACUUAUGUCCCCUCCGCAGCUGCUGAGGAUGAGCAGCAAAAGUGCUGCUAUACAGGCAGGACCUGCGCUGCUGCUGUCUCCUGAUUUUAGUGUAGAGGGACUAGAGGGCCUUAUGGCUGUUGAUGGUCUUGUGUCUAGGCUGCUGCUGCAUCGGCAGCAGCCGCUGCAGAGACGCGACCAACGCAGGAAGCAGCAGCAGCAGCAGCAGGUAGGCAGCAGUGGAUCGGGGAUACAAAGAGUAAGACUUAGCAUGAGAGACACAAAGUCUCUUUGUGAUUCAGCAACAAGAAGGGAGUGUCUCCUUGCUGCAGCAGCAGCAGCAAUUCAAGCAGAAGCUGCAUUAGGUUAUCCACAGAUUGUUCAUGGCAUCUGGCAUCCGCCAAGUGACAGCACAGCAGCAGCAGCAGCAGCAAGAGCAGCAGCAGCAAGAGCAGCAGCAGCAAGAGCAGCAGCAGCACCAGGUGCAGCAGGAGCAGCAGCAAAAGACGAGACAUGGAGGCAAACAGGCAAUAUAAUUCUUCUUUCUUCUCGAUCUGUUUUGCUGCCAGAAGGAGACACUUGGGGGCAGCAAGAGGAGACAGAAGAUGCUGCUGCUGUGCGUCUAUCUGAGGAGCUCCUUGCUUCCUUUUCUCCUACCUUGCCUGAGUAG